CCGCAGUGAAACAGUCUUUCCCCAUUAUUGCGACAGUAGGUAGUUGAAAUAAACAGUACUGUUAAAUGUAUAUCAUCCCGUUCAGCACUAAAAUCUACAGAAAGCUGGCGAUUGUGCUUUAGUUACAUUUGAUCCAUGCUGAAAAUGACUUCCAAACGCCUUCUUCUGGAGCAGUCUCGAGCCGGCAACAGCACGCACGCGGGGGGCUGCACCGGGCAGCGCGAGCCUGUCACUGUUAUGAUGAUAGCAGCGCGCGAGAACGGAGCGUUUAACGGGAAAGCUUUUCAAACUAACACGUUGCAUGAAGGUGUUUUAAGGAGUUCUGGCAAGGAAAUCUCUCCGAAUGGACAUCAUUAUACCUCAACAACGAGAGAGAGGCACUACAUCCAUAAGAAAUUUACCUGCGGUAGAGAGGAGGACGAACAAAGCUCAGCUCCAGGUGGGGUCCUCAAGCAAGGCUGCCCUGUUCAUCGCCUGGUCCUAAAUGGCCACAGGCUACAAGACCAACCCCAUAUGGAGGCUUGGACCACAGUGAGAGUGCCUGAGGAGCGAGGAUGCUGCCUACCAUCUCCCGAGGCCCCGCACCUGCAUGCAUCCUCCAUCAUCCUUGUCCCUUAUGACAGGAGGCCCUCUGGUCAUGCUGAUAAAGAGGUGAUGGCCGCCACCGUCCUGACCACACUGUCCACCAGCCCGCUGGUGCUCAACCCCUCCACCAAUGUCUCAGGUGCAGAGCUGGCUAGUAAGGGCUGGAAGGAGAGCCUGUCGGCCAGCUAUAGCAGCUCCACCAGUGGGAACUGGAGCUGGGACGCCAGUGAUCAAUCAGUACCCUCCACGCCAUCCCCGCCCCUCUCCAACGAGGCUGGCAAGAGUUUCCUGCUUUCCUCCCAGAGUGAUGACAACAUUGAGGAAACAGAUAGUACACACUUCCUGUUUGAGGACCCCAUCCCACGUAAACGAAAGAACUCCAUAAAGGUGAUGUUUAAGUGUCUGUGGAAGAACUGUGAAAAAGUCCUCAGCACCUCCUUAGGGAUACAGCGGCACAUCCGCACCAUCCACCUGGGGCGAAAUGGAGACUCUGACUACAGUGAUGGUGAAGAGGAUUUUUACUACUCUGAAAUUGAGGUGAACAUGGACACACUUUCGGAGGGGCUGUCCAACCUCACUCCCACCUCACCCACUUCAUCCGGGCAGCCCCCUGUUUUCCCUGUCCUGACCUGUGAUGCUCCUCGAUCCGAGCCUGCUCACAUUAUCCACACCCCUCUCAGCCAGUCAGCACCGUCGGCGCUGUGCCACAUCCGCACUGACCACGCUUACCAGGCUACAAACCCUGUCAGCAUUCCCAGCAUGCCUUCUGAGCUGCCUCACAGUGAGGACAGGAUUAGUGUAUCCUGGCAGUCACCCCCUGUCAUAUUUAAAGGCCCACUGGGACCGAUGACUCAAAUUCGCACUGUUAGCAUCGGUGAGAAGAGACAACCUGUUAACCACACCACCAUCAGCAAAACGAACAUCAGCACCUCCACUUCCAAACCCACCACUGGAACCAGGAAACCCCGUGGUGAAGCUAAGAAGUGCAGAAAGGUCUAUGGCAUGGAGAAAAGAGAUUUGUGGUGCACAGCAUGUCGUUGGAAGAAGGCCUGCCAGCGUUUCACUGACUGAGCUUUAGUUGUUACUCCAUCAAAAUGUGGUCUUCUUUUGUUUGUGUUCCAUGGACUGACAACUGAUAAACUCCUCCAUGCUCUCAGAUUGGACUCUUCCUUCAGAGCUGACUCUGAGAGGUGUGGCCAAUUUGGAUUCACUGUUUUCUCCAGGCCACAAGAGGGGGCUCUUUUCCUGCAGCUUCCAUAGUGGAACACUGAGAUUCUGUGCAGAAAAACUGAAGAAAAAAAAAAGAAAAAAGCAUAUUAGCUUUUGCUUUAUUGUUAUAUUAAGGCAAAAAGAAACAAGCCUUUCUAAGCUGAUUUUACAGUUUAUUAUCCUUUCACACUGUGCGCAUGUUCUUUGGAAUACAGUAGCUGAACAUUUUCCACGAUUUUAAUUGUGACAGACUUUAUAUGUGGCAGUUUUUACUGUUAUCAAACUCUGUAAGCUAUUUUUUGAAGAGUAUUUUUGAACAGUUAACCAAUUUUUUUGACACUUAUUCAGCGACUCAAAUUUAAAAGCAGUUUAAAAAGAAACCUGGCCUUUCACAUCAUUUAAACUUAAAUCAAACAGUCUAACUUGGCACAUGUUCAAACUGUUUCUGGUCGCUUUAUUUUGCCUAUAAGCACUUUUAACAGCCAUGAAAAUAAUUUGAUUUUGUUAAAGCGGAAUAAAGUUUAGCAUUGCUGCGUCUUAUUAGGAAUUGCGUAAUGCAUUCUCGCACCUUUGUUUUAGUUAUUUUAACACUCUUGGCUACAUUUUACAUCUCCUAAUACCGCUAAACAAGAAUGCGCCUCUUAGAGAGAGCCCUCUGUGUACUUCAGCGUGAAUAGUUGUAGUGCAGGAAUGUAAAAUGGCCUCUCUGCACUAAAGCAACGGAAAAACAAAUACUCUGUCCCUCACAGAUCAACUGCAUGCUUCUUUAUAAGACUGAUUCCUAUCAGUCCGUAGUAUUAAUUUAAUUGCAGGCACUUUUAGCAAACAUUUUACAGCAAAUUUCAUGAGUUCACGUUAAAAUUUAACAAAGACAAUCUGCUGUUUAGAGAAGUCAGUUAGCCCAACAGGACAUUAGUGUUAAAAGUAUACUUUGGUUUUCUGUGUGCUUUUGAAACACUCAUCCACACCAUCCGCCUCGCGUACUUGUGCCUGUGUGUUGUGGUCUGCAGUCACGAGUUUUCCAUGCGCAGACAACGCUCAGAGAACUCGUGACCGCGCGUGAGACGUAAAGGCACACGGAAAAGCGAAGUAUACCCAUUUGUUUUCAUUUCAGAAACACAAUGCCUUCAAUACGAGGGGGUGGGGGGAAGAUAAUCCUUGCGUCUCGUAAAGGAAGUCGUAAUUCUGAUCAAAAUAUGUCACAUCCUGACAAAUACAAGACCGUUGGCAACUCUAAAGGCCCAAACAUACUCUAUGCAAGUACAUGAAUGCAGACGCAUCUUGCUACGCAAGCUCGAUUUCACGUGUCAUUGCGUUGUGACGUGUCAGAGUGCAGUUCAUAACCUAUCGCAAGUACACGCUGUAUUCUCAGUGUUGCCGCAAGGGGCAUUACAGCGCAUUUUCUUUUUUCAAUCAACAACUGUCAUAGCGGAGCAACAAUCUGAGGAGUCUUGCUGAACAAGUUAGAUUAUACAAAAAAGUUUCUGUCGUCUUUUCAGCAAAUACAAUUUACACUCCUCAACUGUCAACGUGUUGACUCCACCACAUCCGGUUUAGUGGCACCUAAAAAACAACUUCACCCCCUUGUGGUCCGAGGUUUGUAACCGCCAGAGCAAUCUGCGAGCACACGUAAUGCAUGUAUAACGGGACCACGCGCUGGCGAAGUGCUCGCGUCUGUGUUUGCGUACUUGUGUGUAGUGUGUUUAGGCCCUAAGCCGUGCUUAUUUGUACACAUCUGUGUGCAUCAUCUGUACAAAAGAAUAUCACAAAGUGCACAAAUGUCAAAUGCGGCCGUUUGGGCUCUCGCUCAGUUGACAUGCAACUGUUCGCGAGGUGUGACAGCACACGGAAAAAUGAAGUACACCCUUGCCUUUUGUAUCUGGCUAACUAAGCUAGAACAGUACAUCCCAGUUUCAUAUGAUCCACUUAAAUAAUACCUUAAAUCUAGUGUUUUUUGUACAGAUGCAUAACUUGUACUUGUAGGCCUACCUUACCUGCAACUUUUGCACAGGGAUGGAUUAUGACUUGCAAAGGCCCUGGGGCCAUAUGGGGGGUGGGGAUUGGUUCUCGUUUUCGUUGUUGAUAGGUUUUCGAGCAGCGCAACCGUAAAGCCCCCCCCCCCCUAAAGUCAAGGGCCCCUGGGCGCUGGCCCUUUGGCCCGGUCGGUAAUCCAUCCCUGCAUUUGCAGAGUCGAUGUGGUUAAUUUGGGCCACGCUGUGCUUCCAAAGAGUAGUGUGCUUCUUAUACCACAUAUGGCUACAAUGCAUAUGUACAUAUUAUUUGCAGGCUUACAAGGAAAUGCUUACUCUGAAAACAUGUAGACGUGUGUGAAUGUAUAUUUUGCCAUGUCUUCCACUGCUAGUCUUUCGCUUUCUCUUCAUAUCAAGGUGAUCAUAUGAUGUCGUCAUGUACACAUACAGGCACGGCUGGGUGUGCACUGUGCUUUCUGACCCCAAAGCCAGCUCUGAGCUGUUUCCCUUGAUAACCCUUGAGUCACCUAGGCCCAUAUUGGCUGUAUACGUGAAUGUGAUUUCACAGAUCAUUAAGGUUGGAGAACAUUAAAGCGAUAGUUUUACAUAAAAAUGAAAAUUUGACAGUUUUAUUCUACCUCGCAGGUAUGAAGAGUUAAUGUCAGUUUACCUUUUCAGACUAAAAAAAACAAUCAAUAAGUGUAGCUCCCUAAAAAAAUGGCGUAGCACUCUCUCAAAAAGCUUUUAGAAAUCAUGGUAUCAAUGAAACAAUUGGGCUGGUGCAUAAUGCCAAAUGACCAAAUGUCAAGGCAUAUUGUCCAGUUACAGCUUAGAGCAGCUUUGUCUUCUCUUUUCCAGUGGUCAGACAAGUGUCCCUCUCAUGAUCAUAACCUUCAAUAAGUGCCAAUGAGAAGAACAAGAGGGAAAACAUUUAAUUGCACUAACUUGUAAUGCACAAAACGUAUAUUUUUAUGUACCAUUUUUAUACACAGAAAUUGAAGUUUUUAAAAGAAAAACUUAAUGGUCGUAUCUGACCGCCAUAAUUUUCAAUUGACAUUGGGUCAGGGAUGGGGUCUUUUCACAGACUUCCCAACUAUAAGCUUAUUUGGCGGUACUUUAUGGUGUUGUGCUAGUUUGGGCCUUGCAGAACACAUCAGGGAGCUUUAUGCCCUCAGUCAUUUGACUGCAGGCUUAAAUCGUUGACAAUCAUUUAGGCUCCUUAGAUUCCUGGGAAUGUCACUGACUUUUGAUGACUUGUCUUGUUUUCUCAUGUAAAACGUUAUCUUGUUCUCUGCAUAGGAAACAAGUCAUUGGUAUAUUUUGGAUUUAAAGGGAAAAGUUCACCCAAAAAUGAAAGUAAUUUAUCAUUUUUACAUAGCCUAGAGAGAUGUUAGGCAGAAUGUACUGUAAGCCUCAGUCAGACUUUCAUUGUACAAAAAAAGAUGCAAUGAAAAUGAAUGGCUGUCAGUGCUGUUAACAUUAGUUAAAGCAACAUGAACUAAUCAAUUGUAAAGAAAGAUCAAUUGUGUUUUUUAUCAAUUAACAUGAACAAUGAUUAAUAAAUGCAGUUUAAAAAUAUUGUUCCUUGUUUGUAAUGUAAAACUAAUGUUAACAAAUGGAACCUUAUGUUCUAAGUAAGGAAGUAGGGAUAUGCCAUGGUGGUCGACCAAUCAACUAACAUUCAUAUUUUUUGUGGUGUUUGCUUUAAUGGGAGACACAAUUCUCAAAUUAAUUGAGAGACUCAACAUAUUGAAGAGCAUCAUUUUUUUCAUGAUCAUAGCUCGCUGCUCUUAAAAGUGAAUAAUAGUCAGCAGAGUAAAACAUUUGGCAAGUAGUUUAUUACAAGUUCAACUAAAUCAGCAGCAUUUGUGGCAUAAUGCUGAUUACCACAAAGUUGUUUAGAGUGAGGCUCUUACAAUUGAAGUGAAUGGGGCCAAUUUUAGAGGGUUUAAAGGCAGAAAUGUGAAGCUUAUUAAUUUAUAAAAGCACUUACAUUAAUUCUUCUGUUAAAACUCAUGUAUUAUUUGAACUGUUAAGAUGUUUAUAUCGUCAUUUUUACAGUCGUUUUAGGGUUUACAGCAUAACAACAUCAUGGCAACGAAGAUGUAAAAUAGGCUAUAAAUUUACACAGAAAAGUUUAGUAAGUGAUUGUAUCACACUAAAAUAAUUUUUACAAGAAUAUCAUUUGUAUUCAUUGUGUAUUGUACAAUUUAUUUGUGUCACUGUAACCCAGAUAUUUUCUUUUUUUUUUUUUUUAAAGAAAAGGAGGGACGAGUUUAAAUACAUAUUUAUGGUAAUCAACAUUAUGCCACAAAUGCUGUCGAUUGAGCUCAACUUGUUUUGAUCCCAUAAUAUUCCUUUUAAUGCUUCAACUUUAAUACAUUUAUGCACUGCUGCUGUUUCAGCCAUCAAAGCGCUGCCUCAACAAUACAUUACAAGACGAUCACUGUCAAACGUUAAAUCCUCUGCUGUAUUCUUCUGCGGAUUCUGUCUGACUCUGCUAAAAUAAAAAGUUUAAACUGCUUGAUGUCGUUCACCCGCAAUAUUAUCUUGCAGUUCUGCACUUUUGAAUGUGAAGCAAGGAUCAUCCUGAGACUUCCAAGUGCUCUGUUUACAUUGAAGUGAGUCAUUCUGCAUUCAGGAUGUGCAUAAGCAGAGAUUAUUUCUUCUCUUUGAUAGUUUUGUGCAAUAAGUUGUUAUUGAUACUUAGCCUAUAUUUUUGUGGAAUAUCCGUUACCAUGCUAAAAUGUUGUGCUUAGCAUCCAUAUAUCAUUCUGAAACGUGUCUGAUCGGGGUCAAACGACCGACUGACAAGACGAUUAUGAAAAUUGGCAUAUCCCUAGAAAGAAGUCACAGGUUUGAACAUGAGGGUGAGAGAGUAAAUGAUGAUAGAAUUUACAUUUUUAGGUGAACUAUCCCUUUAAACAUCAAUAAUCGAGUCAGGCAGUGACAUUUUAAAUAAGUUCUGUAGUUUCCAUUUUGAGCGUGGAGUCACAAAACAAUCACUUUUUUGACUUCUUUGCCAACUUUAUAGAUGAUAUAAAAUGGAAACCAUAAAAGAAAGAAUUGAAAGAAAGCCUUUUUUGUUUUUGAAUUCAGUCUGUAGUGAAUAAAACGUAUAUAUUCAUUGUAUAUUUCAGACUGAGGGUGAAUGGGGGGAAAGCAACAAUGAAUGUAAUAUCUACAAAACAAAAUAUUCUGCCUGUAAUCUGUCACGGCUGUUUGUGUUUGUUUUUGUUAUUGCUUGUCUUACACAAACUUCUGUCUAUUUUGUUUUUCUCUUGCAUAUCAAGUUGAUAGAACCACUCAGUGUUUUGUUUUUCUUUUAGUUCUUAUUUUCAGUUGACAUGCUUUAAAUCUGCCUUGCAUUGAUAUGAUUUCAUUGAUCAGAAAUAUCUGUCUAUAAGGGAGUCUGUACAUCAUGACGUAUGUACUGUUGGAUGGACGUUACUAUGUGGAUCAUGAUGUCAUUCUGCCCUGCACAUUCCGAUAGAUCUGUUUCCUGUUAUUCUAACUUUUCUGACUGCCUUUUGGUUCUUGUCAAGGACAUUAAGCUAACCAUGCAAGAAACCUUUAAAAACUCAAAUUUUGCUUUCUUUGUCACACUUUCAAAUUUUGUGUUAAUACGAUUUUUUUAAAAGGAUUUUCACAGUAAUCAAGAGCAUUUUAAGAUUCUCCUACACAAUUGUUUCGGUGCAGGAUUUUUCAAAACAUUUAUUUCUCCCUUUUUGUGUUUCUAUUACCAUUUAGGCCUUGAAGUUUUGUCAAGCUCCUUUUUUGUCUCUAUGUUUUCUUUCUUUCUUCAUUGUUUCUCAUUGGUUGAUAUUUGAUGCAUGUCUUUUGUCAUCUUUGUACUAUAUUGUUUUUCAGAGGUUGACAUUACGUUUCCAGAGUUGUAUGAAUGCCUGAGAGGAUGGAGGUGUUUGUGCCGUUUACUUGGGCGGUGAUGAGAGUUUGGUUUCUUUGGCUGUAAUGUGAUUUAAAUAAACAUGGAUUUCAGAACAAAA